GCGACGCCUGAGCAGAUUUUAUUUCAGGGGGACAGACCGUCUUUGUCUCUCUGUGAGGACGUCGGGCACGUUUGUUUCCUGCCUGUAGACUGGUCUAAAGCACCAUGGACAGCGCACUGGACAGACUGGACGCUGCAGGAUUCUUACAGAUCUGGCAACAUUUUGACAUAAAUGACGACGGCUACAUCGAAGCCAGUGAGCUGGAGGCCUUCUUUAAACACACGUUGCACAAACUCGGGAUGAAGGAGGCGAUAACUGAGGACAAAAUCAGAAGGCUGAAAGAGAAGUUCAUGCCUGCGUGUGACAUCGGGGCUGGCGGACGUCUGCAGAUCCAAGAGCUGGCCACAAUGAUGCUGCCAGAGGAGGAGAACUUCCUGCUUCUGUUCCGCAGAGAGACGCCGCUGGACAACAGUGUGGAGUUUAUGAGGAUUUGGAGAAACUAUGACACAGACAGCAGUGGCUACAUCUCAGCUGUUGAACUCAAGGGGUUUCUUCAAGACUUGUUCCUCCAACAUGGGAAGACCAUCACCCCCAAAAAAUUGGAGGAGUACACUGACACCAUGAUGAAAAUGUUCGACAAAAACAAAGAUGGCAGACUGGAUCUCAAUGACCUGGCCAGAAUUUUGGCCUUAAAAGAAAAUUUCCUGCUGAAGUUUAAGAUGGAUGCUUGCAGUCAGGAAGACAGAAAGAGGGACUUUGAGAAGAUAUUCGCUCACUAUGAUGUUAGUAAGACGGGUGCACUGGAGGGCCCUGAGGUGGAUGGAUUUGUCAAAGAUAUGAUGGAGCUGGUGAAGCCCAGCAUCAGUGGGACAGACCUGGAUAAGUUCAGGAAAGCCCUGAUGGGUCACUGUGACAUCAAUGGAGACGGAAAGAUCCAAAAGAAUGAGCUGGCUCUCUGCCUCGGCCUUAAGCUCAGCUAACUGACCCUGGAAACAUUCAAAGAAGUGUAUAUCCUUCCGUCCUCUGCUGGUCUCUUUUACUUGCCGUCUUCUUUGUAUCCUGCUGAUUGUCUUAACUCGUCCCUUUUCUUUCUUCACCUGUGGUUUCUCGUCUUAUCCCAGUUUUUGCAGGCAUGUUGAUAAAUGGUGUUGUGUUCCUAUUAACUGGGUCAUAUUUCCAUAACUGUAAAUAUCUUUCUUUAUUUGAAAAUAUUUUGCAUUAAAUGUGGAUCUUGCCAUAAUGACAUUACUCUACUGUAGAUAAGUAAAACAUAUCUAUCUGCUUUGAAUUAUUAUAAUGUUGCUUUUUCCAACGCAUGCUGAUUCUGCGUAAUGUGACUAAGUCUCUGUUUGCAUGACAUUACUGUGAAAGUAGCAAAGAUA